AUGUAUCAACGCCUCCAGAAUCUCCGGCAAAAUACACGUUCUGUGGAUGACUACACCACGGAGUUUUAUCAGCUGAUGGCUCGAAACGAUAUAGCCAAGACAGAUGAACAAUUAAUAUCAAGGUAUGUUGGGGGUUUGCGUCAGUCUUUCCAAUAUGCUUUGAAUAUGCUAGAUUUGUAUUCUGUAUCGGACACCCAUGAACGGGUAAUACAGUUGGAAAAACAGGCAAGCCGUAGGCCUAUGACGACUUGGGGUGCUACUGGUAGGAACACAACCCCUACCCCCGUCAAGCCAGCUGCUCUUCCACCACUGGUUGCACCAUCAGCCAAUCGUGCUACAGGUGGCUCCGGGUUCAGAUGUUUUAAGUGUGGCGAGUUGGACCACCGUGCUGUUGAAUGUCGCAAAGGUGACCGCGAAGGCAAGGCCUUGUUGUUGGAAUAUGAAGAGGGUAAAGAAAAUCCAGCUAGUAUGUAUGAGCGUGAACCAGUGUUUGAUGCUGAAUUAUUCGAUGAGAACGUGGAAGAAAUUAUCAGGGACGUUGGGCCACUACUGGUGGUUCAGCGAGCAUGCUAUGCCCCUCGUGAAGCUGACGGGAAUUUGUGGCUGCGAAGCAAUGUAUUCCAGUCUACCUGCACAAUUGGAGAAAAGGUGUGCCGAUUUGUGAUUGAUUCGGGCAGUUGUGAAAAUGUGGUGUCAGAGGAAGCAGUCCAGAAACUUGGGUUGAAGACAGAGCCUCAUCCUAACCCUUAUAAGCUGGCGUGGUUAAAAAGAGGUAAUGAACUAGUCAAAGUUUCUAAAAGAUGUUUAGUUUCAUUUUCUGUUGGUUCUACAUAUAAGGAUCAGGUUUGGUGUGAUGUGGUGGCGAUGGAUGUUUGCCAUCUCUUGUUGGGGAGGCCUUGGCAAUUUGAUCGCAGGGUUAUGCAUGACGGGGGCGCUAAUACAUAUUCUCUCAUGUCUGGGGGUACAAAGAUGGUGUUGCUGCCUUCAAAGGAGAUUGUAGCCAAAUCACCAGUUCGGGAGAGUACCAAUCUGCUGACAAGGGUGCAGCAUGAGGAGGAGAUUUUGGCAACAAAAGUGAUAUUUGUACUUGUGAGUACAGCAAGCUCGCCGGUAGUGCUAGAUCAGAACAUUCCAGCUAUUAUCCAGCCCCUACUGUCAGAAUUUCGGGAUGUGUUUCCAAUGGAGUUGCCGGAUGGGCUACCACCCCUGCGAGAUAUCCAACAUCAGAUUGACUUAGUACCGAGUUCAAGCUUGCCAAACCGGCCCCACUAUCGGAUGAGCCCAAAGGAACAUGAAGAGUUGCGGAGGCAAGUUGAAGAGCUGCUAUCCAAAGGCUUUAUUAAAGAGAGCCUUAGUCCAUGUGCAGUUCCAGCACUAUUAAUUCCCAAGAAGGAUGGUACGUGGCGAAUGUAUGUUGAUAGCAGGGCAAUCAACAAAAUAACAGUAAAGUAUCGCUUUCCAAUUCCACGUUUGGAUGAUUUGUUGGAUCAAUUGGUGGGAGCAAAGGUUUUUACAAAGCUGGACUUGAAAAGUGGUUAUCACCAGCUUCGUAUUCGGCCCGGUGACGAAUGGAAAAUAGCCUUCAAAACACGAGAGGGCCUGUAUGAGUGGCUGGUCAUGCCGUUCGGGUUAUCAAAUGCACCGAGCACCUUUAUGCGAAUGAUGAAUCAAGCGUUGCAUCCUUUUAUCGAUAAGUUUGUUAUGGUAUAUUUCGAUGAUAUAAUAUACAGUGCCUCGCCUGAGUUACAUCUGCAGCAUUUACGGGACGUUCUCACUGUCCUUCGGAGAGAGAAGUUAUUCGGAGCGGUCAAGAAGUGUGUGUUUUUGACAGAUUUAGUAUUAUUUCUGGGGUAUGUUGUGUCCAAAGAUGGGAUUUCAGUUGAUGAAUCAAAAAUUGAGGCUAUCCGAAGCUGGCCUCAACCAAAGACCCUCUUUGACGUCCGUAGUUUCCAUGGGUUGGCCGCUUUCUAUCGACGCUAUAUUCUUCACUUCAGCACUAUUAUGGCGCCAAUUACAGUUUGUAUGAAGGGUGUCCAAUUUAUGUGGACAGAUGUUGCAACCGAGGCAUUUCUGUUGGUCAAAUAG